AUGUCUGGUUUAUCGCCUCAACAAAUCCAAUACAAAGCGCCUCGAAGUCUGCCUCGUCCUCCGUUCGAUCCAGCAUUCAAAAACGCCGGGGGUUUGGCACGUUUCACCGACGAAUUAAACCUUAAAGCUGUUCGGAGAUAUUCGUCGACAGACAGCGCGAAUGCUAUUCUGGAGAAGUUUCCCCAUCUGGCUCACGUGGAGUAUAACGUACCCGCGGUCAAGGGCCUCGAUGAUCAUUCGUCCACCCUCUCGAUCUUCCGAUCAAAAUGCCCGACAGAUACCAAGAAAUCGGUCUUGCACUAUAUCCAUGGCGGGGGCCAGGUCAGCGGGACUCGGUUCAGUGGCCUUGAUUCAGUCAUCAGUCUCCUCCCUGAAAACGAAAAUCUCGUCUUUGCAACGAUCGAAUAUCGGCUAGCGCCAGAAUACCGUGCUCCGGCGGGAGCAUAUGAUUGCUAUGCUGGGCUCGUCUAUCUUGCUGAUAACGCCGUGGAACUUGGCAUCAACCCGGCAAACAUUGUUGUAUUUGGCAUAUCGGGCGGAGGACCACUUGCGGCAGCUUCAUGCCUCCUGUCCCGGAAUUUGGGAUACCCCCAGGUUCGGGCCCAGAUGCUCGUCGUCCCCAUGCUGGACGACCGGGACGAGAUUGGUGUCUCGUGGAGGCAGUUUGAGACAGGGACGCUGUGGCCGGGGCAAUCAAAUCGCAUGGCCUGGGACAUGGUCCUGGGGCAAGAAAGAGGUGGGCCUCAUGUUGACGAGGUCCGAUGUGCCGCCAGGGCGAUAGACCUGUCAAAGUUGCCACCAGCCUUCAUUGAUGUAGGCGAAUGCGAAGUCUUUCGCGAUGGAGCGGUCGCGUAUGCUUCGCGCAUCUGGGAAUCCGGGGGCACGGCGGAACUGCACGUCUGGCCAGGGGUGUACCACGGGGCACAUUUGUUAGAGGACACUCCGGUAACCCAAGCAAUGUUGGCUGCGCAAAGGGGAUACAUAGUGCGAGCGCUUGAACUUUGCGAAGACUAAUUGACUGCUAUGUUCCAAUCUUGAUCAGAUACUCAGAUUAUAUUACGUCUUGCUAUCCAGGUAGUCUUCUGUGAAGUAAGCAGUUGGGGAGCGUUUUGCUUCUCGGCUGGGUUGGACUGUGCCUGGUAUUUCUUCUGUCCUCACUACUACUGUAUGGUCCACCGGAGACAUGCAGUAACGUACCUGGAGAAUAAACAGCCGUCCCAAGCUCAGUGUGAAAUGGGUAUAGUCACUGAACAA